AGAGUCCCUAGUUCUGUGGUUUAUGGAGGAGAGGACUGUGUGAGAAAUAAAAAUGGAAUAGGGAGAGAGCAGAGAAGUGGGAGUCGAACGAAGGAUGGAGAAGAAGACCAAAGUGUUCUUUUUUGGGGAUAAGCAUUGGAGGGAGGAACUCUUCUUCUCAGCUUUUCUGGACUCUUGAUUCUUCUACCGUCUUGAGGGUUUCAUCUUUAGUGAAACCAGAGAGGAGAACGGAAGGUGAAAUCAGAGUUUUGUUUUCUCUAUUUUUCUGAUUUAGCUGAGAAUUCCGAAGAGGUAACAUACAGAAGCCAAGAAAUCAACUUGAUUUUUGGUCUAUGGAACAUUGGAAUGGAGUUUUGAGGGUCCCGUUGGACCUUAAGCACAAGAAUUAUUACAGAGUUGCAGCAUCUCUUUGCUUCUCAUGUGCUUCAAGAAUGCUUAUUGUGCCUUCUGCAAAUGUGAUAUUCUUUAAUGGGGAUAGAGUUCAAGGGACUGGGAAUCCAGUAAUUGAGAGGCUCUCUGAUUUACAGAUAAUAGCUGAUGUUCUUGUUUCUAAAUUUGGUGGUUCUGUUAAUGCUUGGGUUAUUGAGGCAUCUGUUUUUAAUGGGCCUUUUGCGGUGUACAAUGAUUUCGUUCCUUCUGUGAAUCGAUGGGGGGAGCCGAAGUCAUACUCUGCUGUCGGAUUUCCAGCCUCUACAUCAACUAUUUCACUCUUAUCAAAUUUCCUUGAGGAGGCAAAGAAUAUCAUGCCAGUACAUAAGAAAGAACCAUGCUUGACCGGAGCAUCUGCAUCAUAUUUUUGUCAACCCACAACAUUAAUCCUUGGAUUUAGUAAGGGUGGAACUGUUGUUAAUCAGAUUGUUACUGAGUGCAGCCUCCUAGGAGUAAAAUCUCCAGAACAUCAAUCCCCAUUGAAGGAGCAACAAGUGGGUAGUGAAUUCACUAAAAUCACGGAAGAAAGCCAAAUCAUUCCAAGGACUAAGGAAAGCUUUCUAGACAGCAUAAAAGAAAUCCAUUAUGUGGAUGUUGGCUUGAAUUUAUGUGGAGCAUAUAUCACCGAUCCCAAUGUCAUUGAGAAUAUAUCGAAACGGUGUGCGCAGGGAGAUAAGAGCAUCCGUUUUGUCCUUCAUGGAACCCCUAGACAGUGGUGUGAUAGCCGAAGAGAUUGGAUUCGGGAGGAAAAGGACAAAUUGGUUCAUCUGCUUAAUUCUAGAGCUUGGAAGAGUAAUGGGAACUUGCAGGUUUGUGAAAGGUUCUAUUUUGCUGAUAGCCCUCCUGAUGUGCAAAUGCAUUUUGAGAUUAUUGAGAAAAUGGAUGUUAGUUGAGAGUUGAAAGUUGAUAAGCAUGUAAUGGAAUCUAGAUAUUGUAGAAAUGCUAUAAUAUCUGUGUAUAUGACUGUAAUAUAGAUUUCUUCUUGAGGAUCCUUUCCCUCUUUUUGUUGAGAGGAUUUACAGGUUUGUUUACUUCAAAUGUUAAGUUAUUUUAGUUGGUUGC